AUGUAUGGCGACUUGGGUAAUAAGCUUGUCCAGCAAGCAAAGCGGACUCAAAAGCUUGAACAUCUUCCCCCUUACGCGACUGAAAUUGUACGCGCCGUGACCCGAGAAGUACGAGAUUUGGAUAAGGAUGCCACGAAUAUUCUCCAGUCAUUUAAUGGGCACUUCGAUCCCUCUGCCGACCCUGCAACAGCCUGUACGCUUCUCGUCGACCACCUCUGCAUGCGCCGAAACAAGAGAUGUCUACUCGCAUAUCACCGUACUCGGACCGAUAAGUUAGAGGAAAUGGUUUGGAAUGGUAACGAUAUAUUAGACCUAGCGGUGCAACAGCAGAAAGGUCCCAAUGAAGGCCAGAACCGAGGAGCGGAUUUGGGAAAUAGCGAGGGCAACAGCAGUAGCUUAAGUCCCGAGGAGGAGGAAUACGUUCGACAAUACAGCGAUUUACUUGCGGCAUACAAGGGACAAUGGACAGAUAUCGAUUUGACAGGCAGUCUGGAGCCUCCGCGAGAUCUAUUUAUCGACGUUCGCGUCCUGAAAGAUGCUGGUGAAAUACAGACUGAAUACGGCACAAUCAAUCUUACCAAGAAUUCUCAGUUCUAUGUCCGUCAAGGAGAUGUCGAACGGUUGAUUGCACAGGGCUAUUUGCAAAAGCUCAGCUGA